UUCGGCCCAUCAUUUAGGUUACUCAGAAAGACAGCCCAAAUGGGUUUAGCCCACUUAAUCACAGAACCCUCCACCAUUCUCUCCCAGAUUCCUAAAUCUUCAGUCUGAGUCGUCCCACUCACCUCUCUCAAGGAAGAAUGGGCAGAAAAGCUGGUACCUUGUACAUUAAUCCAAAGAAAUUUGGGAAUCUUCAGAAACCAUGCAUGAAAGAAAUGAUGUCGUUUCUUAAUUGUUUGGCUCUAACUCAAGGCAAUGAUGAAAAAUGCAGUCGGCAAAAGUCGCUUUUGAGUGCCUGCAUGGAUGCUCAGACUGGCAAUAAAAGAAAGCCUUGGGGUAACAUCAACUAUCACCUUCAGAGGCUCAAUAGAGGAAGAAAAUAGUAAAUUGGACUCCUAUGUCAUAUUAUCGUUACGAUGGUGUAAUAGCAGCCGUCAGUUGUGUCAAAGACAACGUCCAGGGAUAGUCUUUUGUGUAUUCUUUUGAUGCGAGUUCAUUGUAGUCUAGGGAUGGAAUAUUGCUUUACCUACUGGAAUUUGGACCUUCUUCGUUUAAAUCCAGAAAACGAAAAUGUUUGUUGAGUUCGUCUAUUAGAGCAUAAGUCCAGCCACACCUGCCUCUGAGCUUAAACGGUUGUAUUGGCAGGGAACUCGUUUCUCGGAUAUUCAAUACCAUUCUAAGGUUACUUACUGUACCAUGUAGAACAAUUGUUGAGCCUAUUUUUACAUGCAUUUCAUUCUGAUUA